UAGUGGUGUUGAGAGGCUGGAGCUCUCCUCCUCCUCCUCCUCCCUUCAUUCAUUCCUGGCGGGUCUUUUGGAAUGGCGGCGGCGCAGCUUCAGGAGGAGAAGGAGAGGGAAGAGCUGGAGGAACUGAUGGGAAGGAGCUUCUUGGAGGAGGAGGAGGAGGAAGAGGCAGCCAGGUUUCCUGGGAGAACAAUUGGCUUCUCUGACACCAUUCUCAGCAAAGGUUUGAACAACAGAUACUGUGUUUUAAAAGUCCAGGAAAAUGGCGAUGCUGAGAAGCGACUCACAAUUACAGCUUCUUCUCUGAUUGAUAACUUGGAUACAGAGCUAUGUAUCCUGAGGAAUGACUGGAUUUCUGUUCCAGUACAACCAGGAGAUAUCAUUCAUCUAGAAGGAGAGUGUAGUUCUGGCAUCUGGAUAAUAGAUGCAGAGUCAGGAUACUUAAUUCUAUAUCCAGAUAUACUUCUUUCUGGUACUACUGUAUCUAAUAGCAUUCGAUGUAUGAGGAGAGCUAUACUGAGUGAAAAGUUCAGGAGAUGUGAAUCUGGCUCACGUCCAAUGUUGAUAGGUACCCUUCUGCAUGAAAUUUUCCAAAAAGCAGGAACAAAUUUUACCCAAGAGAAACUUCAAGAAAUUGCCUUCUCAGUUGUUCAGGGACCAAAGUAUCUAAAAGAGCUGUACCAGUUAAAUCUGAAACAAAAUGAUGUGAUGGAGGAGAUACAGGAAUACCUUCCAUCUUUUACUAAAUGGGCAGAAGAUUUCAUGUACACAAACCAUCAAGCUACUCAGCAUAAUUUUCAGCAUAAAAUGCAGCUAAAAUUACCAAGAGAUAAAGAUGACUCCUUUUGUGAUAUCAAAGUUACAGAAAUCUUGGAUGUGGAGGAGAACGUCUGGUGUCCUCGGUUUGGCUUAAAGGGCAAGAUUGAUGUUACAGUUGGUGUAACAAUUCACCACAGAUCUAAAACUCAGUCCAAGAUAAUGCCACUGGAGCUUAAAAGUGGCAAGGAAUCUAACUCAAUAGAGCACAGGAGUCAGGUAGUUUUGUAUUCUCUUUUGUGCCAAGGAAGGAGAGCUGAUCCUGAAGCUGGACUGCUCCUUUAUCUUAAAACUGGUAGUAUGUUUCCUGUUCCUGGAAAUCGUAUGGAUCGAAGAGAACUCAUUAAAUUAAGAAAUCACUUGGCCUUCUAUUUGCUUCACAGUAUAUGCAAAUCCGAUACAGGGAAGGAACAAACACAGCUUGCAUCUUUGCCACCGUUGGUUAGUGAUAGUCAGACAUGUCGAUGUUGCUCUCAGCAGCAGAACUGUGUGCUUUAUAGCAGGUCUGUAGAACAACAGAGCAAUACCUUAAUUCCUCAGGAUGUGAUUGCUAUUGUUGAAAAAGAAACCCAGCAUCUGAAACCUUCUCACUUAGAGUAUUUUCGCCUCUGGUAUCUGAUGCUGACUUUGGAGUCAGAGGGCAGAGAUGAAAGGAAGGGGCCUAGAAACAUAUGGAUGAUGCCUGCUGCAGAAAGAGAGAAGCAUGGAGAUUGCAUUGGAAAUCUGAUCAAAAUGGAAUGUGUACAGGAGGUGACUGAUGGACAAUAUCUACACUGGUUUCAUCGUAAAAAUGAUUCUAUACCUGUAACGAUACUGAUGGUAGGAGACAGAGUCGUCGUGAGUGGAGAAGACACCACUUUACUAGGCUUGUCCACUGGCUAUGUUCAAGAGGUCAACAGAGCGAAAAUUUGCUGCUUACUGGAUAGGCACUUGUCACAUUUACCUAAAGAUACUGUAUUUCGGUUAGACCAUGAUGAAGGAGCUUAUGGCAUAGAUGGCCCCUUAAGAAAUCUUUCUAAAUUGAUGGAAAAUUCUCCUACUAGUGAACGGCUUCGGAAUUUAAUAAUAGACUUUCACAAACCACAGUUUGUCCCACACUUGAGCUCAGUCCUUCCUUCAGAUGCAAAAGAGACAGUUGCAAGCAUUCUAAAAGGCCUGAAUAAACCUCAGAAGCAAGCAAUGAAACAAGUGCUUCUUUCAAAGGAUUAUACUCUCAUUGUUGGUAUGCCUGGAACAGGAAAGACCACUACAAUAUGUGCUCUGGUCCGAAUUCUUUAUGCUUGUGGCUUUACUGUUCUCUUGACAAGUUUUACACACACUGCAGUUGACAACAUCCUCCUUAAGCUAGCAAGAUUCAAAGUAGGUUUUUUGCGACUGGGUAGAGUUCAGAAGAUUCAUCCAGACAUACGAAAGUUUACAGAAGAAGAAAUCUGCAGAUCCAAUAGUAUUAAAACUGUAGCUGAUUUGGAGGCACUAUAUAACAGUCAACCUGUAGUUGCAACAACAUGCAUGGGAACAAACCAUCCAAUUUUUGCUCGUAAACGAUUUGACUUCUGCAUAGUGGAUGAGGCUUCUCAAAUCAGUCAGCCAAUCUGCUUGGGUCCACUUUUCUAUUCACUUCGAUUUGUGCUCGUGGGGGAUCAUCAGCAGUUACCUCCGCUGGUACAAAAUGCAGAAGCUAGAGACCUUGGUAUGGGUGAAAGUUUAUUCAAGAGGCUGGAAAAAAAUGAAAAUGCUGUUGUGCAGCUCACUGUACAGUACCGAAUGAACAGCAAAAUUAUGUCGCUGAGUAACAAGCUGGUAUAUGAUGGCAAACUGGAGAGUGGCUCUGAGAGGAUAGCCAAAGCUGUAAUUGACUUGCCAAAUUUAAAAGAAUUGAAACUGGAGGAGGAAUAUUCUUCAGAAAUAUGGUUAAAGGAAACGCUUGAUCCAAACAACCCUGUCUGUUUUCUUAACACAGAGAAGGUUCCAGCACAAGAACAGACAGAAAAAGGGGGUGUGAGCAACAUGACAGAAGCCAAACUAGUGCUAUUUCUGACAUCUAUGUUUAUAAAGGCUGGUUGUAAGCCAUCAGAUAUUGGGGUCAUAUCUCCAUACAGACAUCAACUAAAAGUAAUCACUGAGUUGAUGACAAGCUCAUGUAUCAGUAAGGUAGAAGUAAAUACUGUGGACAAGUAUCAAGGAAGAGACAAAAGUAUCAUCAUAGUUUCAUUUGUAAGGAGUAACACUGAUGGAAAACUUGGAGAACUUCUGAAGGACUGGAGACGUCUCAAUGUUGCCAUUACAAGAGCCAAACACAAAUUAGUUAUGCUGGGUUGUGUGCCAUCCCUUUGUCAGUAUCUUCCUCUAAAGAAGCUACUUUCCCACUUGAAAACUGAAGCUUUGAUUUUCAGUAUUCCAUUAGGAGCAUGUGAAAGUGUCUUCCAUUGGAACCUCCUGUCACAAGGAGACAUCAAGACAAAAUCUUCAUCCUAUUGUUGAAACUUAUAUGUGUGACAUAUUUCCAGAUAAAUUUAAUUUCAGCACAGCACAUUUUUGGACACAAUCAGGACUCUUACACAACUCUUUAAAGGCUGAAAGGUUUCAGACCAGAAUAGUGACUUAAUACCUGACUGGAAUGUCAAAAGGGCUUGACAGUGGCUGAAUUGUGUUCCCUAGAUGUGAAAAGGAUAAUUUCAUCUUGGCUGAGGAUUAUACAUCCAGUGAUCUUACUUUAAGGAUAUUAAAGAAAAUGUGUUUGUAGUUUUACAACUUGAGCAAACCUAUUUUAUUGGUGAAUGUUAGCAAGUGAAUACAAAAUAUUGUCAUACAAUAGGCCUGCUGGAGUUUUUUCCCUUCAAAGUCUGUGGCCUACCUCCCCCAGGAUUUAAAUGUUUCACAAAAACAACCAGCGACACUUCAUUCUUACCUCUAAUUUGAAGUUCUAACACUUUCAUGUCAUUUUAUUAAGAGUGCCUAAAUUUUAAAAGGAAAAACACAUGGGCCUGUUACAGCCUGCCAAAAUAAAGCUGCUUGGGGUCUCUUUGGAGUUAUGCUGUUUAA